AUGGCCUUCCUGGGAGAGAACUUGACGGAGGUGGCGUCGACGGCGGCGGCGGCGGCGGCAGGGGCGGCGGGGGCGGCGGCGGCGGCGGCUGGGGACGGCUCGCUUUGGGGCGGCAAGCUGACGGCGAUGCUGGGCCUCUGGCUGGGCUCGUUUCUGGCGGGGGUGCUGCCGCAGCUGCUGCGCGCCACGGUGGCGCCGCCCCCGCAGCUGCAGCCGGCCAAGGGGCUGGGCUUCUGCGCCCGCAACGAGGAGCUGCUCGUCUCGCUGCUGCUCUGCUUCGGCGGCGGCGUCCUGCUCUUCACCACCUUCAUUCACCUGCAACCAGAGGUGCGCGACAGCUUCAGGGACCUGGAGAGCUGCGGCUACCUGUGGGAGAGCCGCGAGGGCUUGCCGCUGGCGGACCUGGCGUUCUGCGCCGGCUUCUUCACGGUGUACCUGGUGGAGGAGAUGGUGCACCUGCUGCUGGACAGGGAGGCGGACGAGGCGGUGCUCACGCGCACCAUGAGCCUGCGCUGCUCGCGCCGCGGCGGCCGGCCCGCCCGCGCCGUGGGCGGCGGGGGCGGCGGCGGCGGCGACGGCACGGUGCCGCCCACGCCGGCGCCCGCGGCGCGCGAGCCGCCGUCGCCGCUGCCCGUGCCGCUGCAGCUGCAGCUGCCGCCCACCGCCGCCGCCAGCGCCACCGCGGGCAGCGGCAGCGGCAGCAACGUCUCCACCCAGGGGCUCAUCCGCACCGAGUCCGCUAUAGGUAUCACGGACAAGCAGUCGUCGCUGCUGGACGCGGGCGUGCGCGUCAACAGCGCGUUCCCGUUCGGGCCGCCGGCCGGCCUGGGGGCGCAGGGAGACGGGCCGAUGCCGCCCCCGGGCGCCGCCGCCGGGGACGGGCUGCCCGGCACGCCUGGCCGGCGGCGCGCCAGCUCGUCGUGCUCGCUGCGCUGGCUCUUCACCAUCGUCGCCCUCUCUUUCCACGCCAUAUUCGAGGGCCUCGCCGUCGGCCUCGAGAAGGGGGUGGGCGACAUGUGGAUCCUGGUGUCGGCGGUGGCGAUGCACAAGCUGGUGAUCACGUUCUGCGUGGGCGUGAAGCUGGUGGCGGCGGAGACGCGCGGCCCGCUCGUGCUGCUGUACAUGGCGGUGUUCGCGGCGGUGACGCCGUUCGGCGUGGGGCUGGGGCUGCUGCUGGAGCAGCUGGGCCAGGGCAGCGUCACGACGCCGGCCGCCGCCAUCCUGCAGGCCAUGGCGGGCGGCACGCUGCUCUACGUCGUCUUCUUCGAGGUGCUGCAGCGAGAGCGCUCCUCCGACAACGCCGGCAUCCUCCAGCUGGCCGCCAUCGCCUUCGGCUUCGCCCUCAUGCUGCUCAUCCAGUUCUGCACUUCGGGGGCUCACGCACAGCACGAGCGCCCCUGCAACGUGACCAACCACACCCAUCACUGAACUCCGCUCUUCCCGACAUGGGAGGCGCGUCUCAGCAGCUGACGGUGGUGGCAGACCAGGGAGCUGCCGAUCAGUGAUCUUCGAAAGCAGUUCCUCUCGAGGACUCUACCAACUGCGGCCCCAUCAGUGAUCGUCACAACCACCGCUGAGCCGUCACAUUGAACAGUGUGUGCCACCCGUCAUUACUCCUCCGAAGUGUAGUUGUCUUCUUUCCCUUUUGGCGAAGUAUUCAGUGGUGUUGAAUCUGUACCGCGAAUGAAAAACGUGUGCACCAAACUGGGGCCAAAUCUGGACGGGUACCCUCCACGGGCAGUGUUGCUCCAACUAAACCACUCCGAAGCGACUAACAGACCUAUUCAC